UGCUCGGAGUUCGCUCUGGUCUUUCGCCGCCGUCCGUCCUGCCCGGCACCGCGGGCCCAUUCGCCGCCCUGCUGCUUCCCCAGCCGCAGUCAUGUCCAAGCCGCCACCUAAACCAGCCAAGCCAGGGCAGGUUAAAGUGUUCAGGGCCCUGUAUACAUUUGAGCCCAGAACGCCAGAUGAGCUGUACUUUGAGGAAGGAGAUAUCAUUUACAUUUCAGACAUGAGCGACACAAAUUGGUGGAAAGGAACUUGCAAAGGGAGAACUGGACUAAUUCCAAGCAACUAUGUGGCAGAGCAAGCUGAAUCUAUUGAUAAUCCACUGCACGAAGCUGCCAAACGUGGCAACCUGAGCUGGUUGAGAGAGUGUUUGGAUAAUCGGGUCGGGGUCAAUGGCUUAGACAAAGCUGGAAACACAGCUCUGUAUUGGGCAUGCCAUGGAGGCCAUAAAGAUAUAGUGGAUGUUCUGUUUACCCAGGCAAACCUUGAGUUAAACCAGCAGAACAAAUUGGGAGACACAGCUUUGCAUGCUGCUGCAUGGAAAGGUUAUGCAGAUAUUGUAGAGGUGCUGCUGGCAAAGGGGGCAAGAAUAGAUCUGAAGAACAAUGAGAAGAAGCUGGCUUUAGACAUGGCAACCAAUGCAGCUUGUGCUUCCCUCCUGAAGAAAAAACAGAGUGCAGGUACAGUCCGAACAUUAAGUAAUGCAGAGGAGUACCUUGAUGAUGAAGACUCCGAUUAGUUUUUUUUUGUUGUUUAGCUGAAAGAACUAUAACUUACGUUGCCUAUGUCAUUCCCAAAACAUACCUUUACAACUGUAAAAAUGUGUUACUUAGAGUAUUGCAGUCUUCCAAUGUGGCAUAUGAAUGACUGAGAGUGAAAUCAUGCUUUCCAAAGGAAUAAUCUUUAUGUAUGCCAGAAGAUGUCAUAUUUUAAAUUAGAGUUCCUUUGGAAUUAUUUUGGAGAGGAAGUAUGACCCUCCUCAUUGAAUGGGCAGAGAACCGUCUUUGAAACUCAUGGGUUUCUUCUCAGGCCUUCUCAGUAAGUGCCUUACAUAUCUGCUCCUCAAACUGAAAACUUCCUCUACAACAGCAGGACACCAUUGCUAACAUUUCUCCAGAUCUCCCUGGAUAUAGGUUACUUUGUGCAAAUAAUACUGGCAGAGUAAGUACUGUCUGACAAGCAUGAAUGGAAGUGCUGUCAUG